AUGGGCAGACUUAUCAAGAACCACUGGGGGCGAUUGAUUAUCCUCACGGCAUCGGCAUAUCAAAUUGCCAGUGCUAUCGAAGGCUUCAUCUGGCCGAAAGUUUUCUGGGACUUCAUUUCCAAGAACCUCGACGCAGCCGUGGCCCCGGUGCCCGUCCUCCAAAUCCUCAAUCUGAUAAUGGGACUGAUCGGCCUGGCCUGGGAAUGGCCUUUGAAACCUUUUGCUGGAACAUACCUUCAUCGCAGCAUUGAAACCCGCCUGGUUGUAUACCCACUCAGCGCGCUGUUCGCUGCGCUGCUAUAUCAAGGCACCGACCCGGCGUUGUACUAUCUAGUCGGCAUUGGUGUGUAUUUCUGGGCUUACAGCGAAGGCGAGGUUGUCUGUCCACAGCCUUGGACAUUACCAAAGAGGUCGGGGCUGUUUAAAGCCUAG